AUGGAUGAAGAUGAUGACAUGGUCAUUGUUGGCGACAAUGAUGUCCAUGACGAUGAUGGUAACGAAGACCAUGAACACAGCCAGGCCAACAAAAACGAGGAACACGAGGAUGAGGACGAGGACUUCGUAUGUGCAAAGACUUCACCAGAUGACAUAGAAGGCGAUAGCGACAAUGGCGCCAAAGCUACCGAUGAGGAACCUGAGGAUGAUGAGAAUAAUGAGGACCUCAGGUGUGCAAAGACUUCGCCAGGAGACUUCGGCCCUGAAACCAGCUACACUUUUUCCCAGGCAAAACGUGAAGGUCCCGCAACAUCAGAUCAAGUUUACGCCUACAAGUCAGAUGGCAAUGAAGACCCCGACCACGACCAUAACAGUCCGCCUUCACCGCCUACUAAGCGCCGGAAGACGUCUUCAGCAGUCAAAACUACCUCGGCCAACACUUCUCAGGACACUACUUGCUCAACAACCAUUUGCACCAAGCAUGCUCAUACAUCUAUUUUACAUUCAAGUGACAACCCCACUCCAGCUGGUAUAGUUUUUGGCCCUACGCCAGACAACGACCCCAGUGAGGAUGAGCAAGAACUCCCAGGCCAUUUAAAACGAGGCCGGCUAUGUCAGGAGGGCAUCAAUGAGGCCCAGGAACUUGGUUGGACAACAGUAGAAGAAGCUUGGGUCAUUGGCGCCAAGUAUGGCAAGUCCGCACGUAGUAUUCUCAUCGAGGCCGGCCUGUCCAUCAAGCAUUCGUGGUCAGAGUCCGAUUGGAAUGCCCACCAAUGCUGGUUCAUGGAUAAUAACCUGCACAAGGACAAAGAAUCUAUCAUCGACUGGAAAGAACGUCAAUGCAAACAUUACCAUGCAAUGGGCAAGGAGGAUGGACAGUGGGACACAAUUCACGAUUAUAACAUUACUGGUGGCAAUACCAACCAAUCACGCGCCAAGACCAUCUUGUCAAUGAGGGAGGAUAUUGCAAGAAAGUUGUCUGCUUAUUCUCACCUUGAAGGAGUGGAGGCCGUCAGCUGUAUAUUUGAUACAACACAAGAUGAGGCUGCUCAACAGGCAUCCAGCAUUGUCGUGGGCUCCGACCUCAUAAGCGAAAGGCUACAACAUAUCUGUGCUGCAGUUUAUGGGGGAGUAGGGGCUUAUGAAAUUCUACUUUCAAAGCCGAAUGAGCCUCCCCGCGACCAUUACAGGAGGAUAUGGCCAAUUAUGGUGCUUGAGAAUACUUUCCAGUGGCGGAAGCUUCUUGACUAUGCUUUCCAGUACAAGUUCAUGAUCAAGAACUGGCCUGACAAUGUUCCACCUAUUGGUCCCGAAUUCAAUCCUCACUACCUGAGUUCACAGCAUCUCAAGCUGCUCAUCAUCCCUUUCAUCAAGCGCAAAGUGCAUUUAUACUAUGAGGCAGAACUCCAGACCGAAGCUGAGAACUUGUUUGAGUUAGAGAAAAAGAAGUCUAAGGGCAAGCACCGAGCUCAGGACCACACUGUGGAAGAUAUCAUGAGCAAAUUAGAUGUUACUGUACCUGAGAUUGAGUUCGCAGCUUGGCCAGAUGAUUGUCUCAAGCAGCUCCAGGACAAGGUGCCGGAGAUGUUGGACAUCCCCUUGGUGACUAGUACCUUGGAUGUCGUGCUGUGCAAGCUGGUCGACUCUGCGAAAUUCAAGCUGUCAAUCCCUGAAGAUAUGUUAGCAGUUAAUGAAGCACAUUCGGAUGCCCCCAUUCCCUCUACUCAAGAAAUGCUGCCAAGAGACCAUGAACCACCUGUUACUUUGAGCCCCCCGACCUUGCCAUCAAAUCAACGUCACUCUGUGAAUAUCACGCCAGUACAUCGCCGAGAAGGAAGUCAUCCUACCCGAGUGCCAGAUGUGUUGGAUCGUGAAUCCCGCCCUGCUCUGCCUAUAAGGAGAGAAGAACCCACCGGUGGUGGAAAACAACAGACUAGCCUGCCAUUCAAGGCGAAGAAAAUUUCAUGGGCUGACCCUACAUUGGCGCGGUGCAUGGAGGAGCGUCCCCCUCAUUCUCACAAUGGCACAGACUUGGAAUGUGAGCCCUACCAUUGUCGCGAGGACAGGAAUUUUGCUGCCCCAAACCGCCGUCGUGAAUAUUCACGUUCACCUCCUGUAUACCCAGAGCGAGACGAACACUCUCACACAAGGUACUAUCGCCCCAUCUACAGACAAUGCGAGUCAUCUCCUUUUGCGGAUGACGAGGAUUAUUCAUAUCCUCCACAUCAUACUUACUCACACCGGCCAAAUCAGGCUGAUGAUAAUAGCCAGAGGUUUCAAGUAAGAGAGACUGGUGACUCUUAUCGUGAAGAUGGGCCUUUGCAGUUUCGCUACUAA